AUGGAUAUCGAUAAGAGUUCAAUACCAGAGGAGAUUGGUAUGCUUCCAAAAAUGGAAGGACUAUAUCUCCAGUACAAUAACUUAAUGGGCCCUAUUCCUGCAACAAUCUUCAAUAUCUCCACAUUACAAAUUAUUGCAUUUACACAGAAUCAGUUUUCAAGUAAACUUCCUUCAAGUAUAGGUGUUUCGCUACCCAACCUUGAACGACUUCAUCUUGGAGAAAAUGAACUCAGUGGAAUUGUUCCUGAUUCUAUCUCGAAUGCUUCUAAACUCGUUAUAUUAGUUCUUUCCAAUAAUAGGUUUAAUAGUUCAAUUCCAAGCUCACUCGGCAACUUAAGACUCCUAGACUAUCUCUACCUAUCAGGAAACAACUUCACUUGUGAAUAUUCUUCUUCUUCUGAAUUGAACUUCCUCACUUCCUUGUCAAGUUGCAGACAAUUAAGAAAAUUGGUGAUCAGUAGCAAUCCUCUAAACGGCAUCCUUCCAGCUUCUAUUGGGAAUCUCUCUGAUUCUCUGGACAAUAUUGAUGCUAGUUAUUGUGGAAUCAGAGGCAGCAUUCCCAGUGAAAUUGUUAACUUAAGCAAUUUAGCUUUCUUAAAUAUAGAUGGCAAUGAGUUGACAGGAUUCAUUCCGAUCACAAUCAAAAAUUUAAGCAAGCUUCAAAUACUAUCUCUUUAUGACAACCGAAUACAAGGAUUCAUACCGGUUAAUCUAUGCUAUCUAAAAAACCUGGGUGCAUUAUUACAAGGACCAAUUCCUCAGUCAAUUGGUAGUUUGAUAGACUUGGAAUUUUGUGAUCUAUCUUAUAACAAUCUAUCUGGUGUAAUUCCCAAGUCGUUAGAGGAACUAUUACAGCUAAGAAUUACAUACCAUGAACUUUCAAGAGCAACCGAUAUGUUUAGUGAAAGCAACUUACUUGGCACAGGAAGUUUCAGUUCAGUUUAUAAAGGAAUGCUUCUUGGUAGGAAAAUUUUUGCUACGAAGUGA